AUGGGUAUCGAGGCAAUAAAGGUUAAACCCGAUGAAAGCAACUCUCUUACGCAGGCAAAUUGCAUUCAUGGGCAUGUUUUAAAAUCAGGUUUUGGUGACCAUGGCUUGUUGGUGCUUUCUAAUUACCAAGUUCAUGUGUACUCCAAACGCAAUGACUAUGAAGCUGCUCGUAGUGUGUUUGAUGGAAUGCCCCAAAGAAACGUGUUUUUGUGGACUGUCAUGAUUGUCGCGUCCAACGAACACAGUUACUACCGUGAUGGGGUGGAGCUGUUUUGCAUGAUGUUGGACCAAGGCAUGUUGCCAGAUGGGUUUGCCUUCUCUGCUGUUUUGCAGUUAUGUGUGGGGUUGGAUUCGGUUGAGUUGGGUGAGAUGGUGCAUGCCCAUGUUGUUGUCACGAGAUUUUUUAUGCAUACAAUUGUUGGUACCUCUCUUCUCAACAUGUAUGCAAAGUUGGGAGAGAAUGAGAAUUCAGUUAAGGUGUUCAACUCCAUGCCAGUGCGUAACAUUGUCUCUUGGAAUGCAAUGAUUUCCGGGUUUACCUCUAACACCUACAAGCAUUUGAUCGAAGCGUGA